AUUGACUUUAUGAUACAGUUCGAAAUAUGUAAUAGUUUAAGAUUUUAUUUUUAAAUGUUAAUUUUUCUUUAAGAAAACAAAAAAUGUCGCCAAUAAGAAAAAACUUACGUGAUUCCAGUGGCGAUUCAGGUUCAGAAUCAGACAAUCAGUCAGCAUCCUCUAGAUCAAGUUAUAGCAAUACUUCUAGAUCUAGUAGUCAAUCUAUAGAAGAACAAGUAAACUUCAGACAUAAUUCCAAAAGUCCAUCUCCAACUAAAUCAGGUUCCAGACAUUCAAGCGUUGGAUCUGUACGAAGUGAAAAGUCUGGUUCUCGGAGGUCCAGAAGCGGUACUCCAAAAUCAAUUGUAUCGAAUAAUAGCGAUUCGCAAAGAUCAAGAUCAUGUUCUCCGCAAGAGAGGACGUCAGAAAGUCCAAAAUCUACAGGAAUGGUAAAUUCUCCUGGUAAUGCAAGAACCGAACCUACAGAUUCUGAACAGAAACCAGACAGCUCUGAAGAAAAUAAGGAUGAUAAUGAAUCUGAAAAAUCAUUAAAAACAAGAGGUAGUACAAAAUCUAAUGAUAGUGAUAGAGAAGGAAGUCCGGUUCAAAAAGAAGAUAAUAGUGGCUCUGCUUCAGAACCAGAAGAUUUAGUUAAAAGAGCAAAGCCGUUAAUAGACUCUGAUUCAGAAAGUGAAACAGCAGAAAAAGAAGCUGUAGCCCCAACAGCGGAUGCUCUUUUUGGAGAUGCUAGUGACAUUAGUACGGAUGAUGAAAAAGACAAGGAUGAAGAAAGAAAAGAGAAGAGCCGUAGUAGAAGUAGAAGUAAAAGUAAAAGCAGAAGUAGAAGUAGAAGCAGAAGCAGAAGCAAAAGUAGAAGUAGAAGCAGAAGUAGGAGUAGGAGCAUAGGCAGAUCUGACAGUGGUGGGGAAGGUCCUAAUCAGGCAGUCAUAGAAGAUGAUGUAGAUAAGGAAAAGGAAGAAGAGCCUGAACCUCCGCCGGAAACUAGAAUCGAUGUUGAAAUUCCGAAAAUUACAACUGAUUUGGGUCGUGAAAUACAUUUCGUGAAGCUUCCAAACUUCCUUUCGGUAGAAACACGGCCAUUUGAUACGGAGACAUAUGAAGAUGAGAUUGAUGAAGAGGAAACUUUAGAUGAAGAAGGUCGAGCUAGAUUAAAGUUGAAAGUUGAGAAUACUCUUCGUUGGAAAGAAAUUUUUGAUGAACAGGGUAAAGUUGCCAAGGAAAGCAAUGCCAGAUUUGUAAAAUGGUCUGAUGGCAGCAUGUCUUUACACUUGGGUUCCGAAAUCUUUGAUGUAUACAAGCAGCCGCUUCAAGGUGAUCACAACCAUCUGUACAUCCGUCAAGGAACAGGUCUUCAGGGUCAAGCAGUAUUUAGGACUAAGUUGACAUUCCGUCCACAUUCUACAGAAUCCUUCACUCAUAGAAAGAUGACAAUGUCGCUCGCAGAUAGAUCGCAAAAGACUUCUGGUAUAAAAGUAUUGUCGCAAGUAGGAACCAAUCCAGAUCAAAAUAGAUAUGAAAUGAUCAAAAAAGAAGAGGAGAAAUUACGUAUGGCGAUGAGAGUUCAAAGUAAGACAAAAAAGAGUGCUACAGGCAGUAGAAGUGCUACGAGAUCUGUUGGUGGAUAUGGCGGUGAUGCUUAUCAUGAUGAUGGUUCGGAUGAUGAAGGUGCCAUUUCCCUUGCAGCAAUUAAGAAUAAGUAUAAAAAGGGAAUAAUAAGUGCUCCUGUUAAAGCAUCAAACAUAUAUUCAUCGGACGAGGAAGGUUCAGAUUUUGAAACUCUCCGAACGAAGAAAAACACUAAAGGAAGGGUUCUUAAAGAGUCGGAUGAGGAAUCAAAUUCCGGAAGUGUUUCAGAAAGCGGAAGAGAAGAUGACAAUCAAGGCGAUAAUAUUAGCGAUUAA